ACUACCGCGCCACUGGUGGUGUCGCCUGUGAUAGUUGGUUUUCAUUGGGGUAGUCUACGGCAUUUUGCGCGGUUUGGGCGCCAGUUCGCCGGCAUCGCUCGCACGUUUCCGCUGUUUCUUCUGAUAGAUUCUUGAAAUUUCUGGAAUAAAAAGGAUAAAAUAUUCCCAAGAGUGAGUGUGCCCCCAUCUACCUAUUACCCUCAUUCAAACGUCACCGGAUAUUGGUAACUAUGGCAACAACCAUCGCGAUAGACAGACAGCUGACAUAAAGGGUAGGUACAAUAAGAUUUUUUUGAAAACUACUGGAAAAUUUUUUCUUUUGACCUUUAUAAUGCACCAAGGUCCAAGGAUAUUCACUUUACCAUCGGAAACCACCCCCGAAGUUUUAAAUUGAAGCAUUAUUUCGACAAGUUAUGCUGUACAAAGACAAAAAAAAACACACAUCAUUGUAAAAUCAAUACAUUCAUCACUUCGUUCAGAAUCUAAAACGUACAAUUUAAAGUCAUGUAGAGAGAAUCAUCGAUGCAGGAUAUCGAUUAGUUAAAAUGCCGAGUACUACUAUCCACUGGCUACGGAUGAAUCAUUAUGCACGUUGACCAGGACUGGCACAAUGUGGUCAAAAUUACGUGCGUUGGGUUUUUAGCCGUACUUGGAGCUUUUUUAAAUAUUGUUGUACUAGUUAUGUUCUACAAGAAGCCUUCACUCAGAUCUCCAUCAAACAGAUUCGUCGGUAGUUUAAUUGCUUCCGAUUUGCUGUCAUCGGCCGUCCUUGGUCCUUUACUGGUAUCCGGUAUAAAGACCAUUAAUAAAACUCUUACCGUAUUUGUCGCAACAUCUACAAUAUUUUCAAUACUAGUUAUUGCAAUGGACAGAUACACAGCAGUUCUCAGUCCUCUUCAUUACGCGACAAAUGUUACUAGGCAAAAAAGUGUUUUAGUCAUAGGUACGGUUUGGAGCAUAUCAGCUGCGUUGGCAUCACCAAUGUUAUUUAAGGACUUGUUAAUAUAUGAACAUUUUCCUGUGGCGAUGAUGGAAAGAACACACGGUCUGGUGUUGCUAGUGAUUGCAUUUUUAGUUCCUUGUGUUGCUCUCGUUUUGGUGUAUUUCAAAAUGUACGUGGCGGCUCACAGGAACAGUCUGCGGACGCGCAAGCACAGCGUGUGCAUAGAACCGGACCUGUCCAGGCGCAACUCGAACGCUAUUUUCUCCGCGCUACUGUUCCGGGAGGAGAGUCGGGCCAUGAAAACGUCGAUGAUGGUGCUGUCCACGUUCCUGUUCAGCUGGACGCCGCUGUUCGUGCACGUGUCCGUUACCCAGCUUCCGGACGAGGUGGUGUACACGUGCGCCCUGUCCGCGGCCACGCUCAAUCCGCUCGUGUACGUGUUCCGGAACGACGCGUUCCGCAAAGAGAUGCUGCGCGUGGUGUGCAGCCGGAAACGGUUGCGCGAGUCGGCCGCGGCCAAGGCGUCCGCCGCCGGCCACCAACAACACCGGCUGAUGACGGCCCACCAGUCCGACAGCGUGUCGGUGCACAGUUUCCGCAUGUCGUCCGUCGAGUGCCAACACUCGUUCGACUCGGUCACGCCGCCGCCCGCCGACUUCGUCGCCACGUACAACCCGAUAAACGGAUCAGAACGGUGUACGCGUUACGAGAGCGUUACAUUCCGGUUGGCCCAACGCCGUUGCCAAUACUGCAGCAGACAGAGUUCGGACUCGUCGUUGAGCAGUAAUUAUCCAUUGCUGGUCAACAAAAACCGUUCAUCGAGCGAGCCAAACACGCCGAAACAUUACAACAACAAUGAAAACCGAAUAGUCAUGUUCAAGGUAUCGGAAGUGGAAACCAAAAGGAACAAACUGCAAAGGAUGAUGGCGAUAGACACUGAUUGUCCAUCGACUCGUGUUUAAUAAUAUGUCAAUGAAACAUCACCAAAUGAGCUCAGCUGAUUCCACUUUGCCGCCAUCGAUACACAGGCACCCACCACCGUCAACGUUUGUCGAAAGAUUAUAAUAUAGUCUAUAGAGUGAUAUUUAUGAAUAUUUUUGCAUCAUAUAAUAAUAUGAUUAUUAUGUUCCAUA